UUUUGAUUAGUUUUUGAUUGUUACUUUUGUACAAUACAUGACCAAAGAUGUUUUGCUUUGUGCGUAGGAUAACAAAAUAAAACUUUAGUUAUUUUAAUUCAGUUCCAAUGUAAAUAUAUUUUUGACCCAAAUAAAAACAAAAUACGUCCGUUAGUUGGUGAAGCCAGCAAUUAAACUGAACAGACGAUUUUUAAGAACGUGUUAUUAAUUUUGCAACUUAAUACGUGAUCUGUGUUUCAAGAGGAGAAGAGUUAUACGCUGAAAUUCCUUAGUCAACUUUAUGGACAAUUGCCAUGGAGGUAGAAUUAAACCGCCCGCCAGCUACACAGAUCUGCAGCUUAACGCCUUGUUGCUGAAUCUCAGAAACCUAUAUCGCCUUGUACAGGCAUAACUUGUAUACAUAUGACUCUCCGAAAUAUGCAAUAACACGAGAAUAAGCCUUUGUUUGUGAAUGAAAAAUAAAGCCAUAAUUUUUAAGAAAGCAAUGAUUGUAUGUUAUAUUUUAAUAUGAUUUUUACCAUUAUUACUUGCUAAUGCGUUGCACUAAUAUUUCGCUGUAGACACGCUGAAAUGAUUAGAGACCAAAUUCCUGGGAUUGUGCUGGAAAUCACUUCUGCCCUUGCUUUUUGCGGUGUGAGAAGACAAAGUUUCAAAUUUCGAACACGUUUUUAGAUAUCCAAUAGCUCAUUACAAGUCAUUUUGUUCAUUAUUCACUAACAAAUAAUAAAGAUUAUUUUGUAUUUUUAAAUAUUUCUGUUUUCGUGCGAGAUCUACAUUUAUAUUUAGUUAGUGUAAUGUAACAUGUUUUUAAAAGUUAAAUGUACAGCUUAUACAACCCGAGGUAACGUAAGUCCACGUAAUUCCCAUCCCUGCAAAACUGCUUCAGGCUGCCUUCUCUCACCUGCAGCGUUGCCUCCAGUUGUAAUUACAUAAUGCCUGUCGCUAGAGGGCGGGCCUUCGACUGUCCCGAAAGCUGCCGCGCGUUCUCUGCUGCUCCCUGGCUUGCUGUAGGGAAAUGCACACUUCGCUGUCACUUCCUCCGAUUGGCUCCUGACACUCCAAAUGGGCGGGUUAUAGAACUCCGCUAUCUAUAAAUAAGCAGACUACCUCUCCAGCACUGUAGUGGCUGUGGUCUGAGACGGUCUGUUCGGCAGAAAUGCUCUAGAAACUUGUGUUAGGGACUUCUUUCUGCAGACAUAACGGCAAUACAGAUUUCCCAUACAAAAAGCACUGGAUACACCGCGUCCAUAUCUUUAUUUUGCAUAAAUAUUAUGCAGCGUCGUAGACGUGGAUUCCAGUCGUGGAUUAAUUUAAGCGAACCAGCUUUGAUUUUAACGAAUCGAUAAUUUCACUUUUUUAUUGUACCAUUCUUCUGCGGAUCCUACAGGACUGGAUUUUAGCCAACUCCCGGGCAUGUUUAUGACAGCUGGCAGGUGAUUGCCCUGCAGAAAGUGUUGUUUUUACUUAUUGCUAUUUUUUGAAGGACACUUUGUGUACUACUGACUUUCCCAUCGAGAGGUGACCCACAAUCGCAUGCUUCCGAUGAUCGGCUCGGACUUUUAAAAGUUCUGCAUUUACGUGAUAUUUUGCUUGACGAUUAACGGAGGCGAAGACGGAUAAAAGUAAUGAGCUAACGAAAGGGGGGGGGGAACAAGGCGAAGAAAACUAUCCGGUACUUCCAAAGACCCAAGAGCACCCCAAGCCCGCUGCUGAGUUUAAGCGAGGACAAGACAGGUUUGUGUUUCUGAAUGUAACAUCUUCAAGUUUCAGCCGCUCUGCCCGACGGACCAAAGUGUGCAUUUGACACGGGAUAAGUUGUCAACAAGAGCCGCGGAGGCAAACUGGCAGGUGCUCACCUUCGGUUACAUGCAUACAUAUAUUCGCGACACUAUAAAUAGACAUUGUUUUAAGGGUUGACGAGUUAUCUGCGCACGGCCCCGGGCGCGUGUGCGCGUGUGUGCAAGGGCUGCACUGUGCGGUCCUCCACCACACUGUCCGCUUUGGCUGUGAGAGCCGCUGGAAUCGCAUGGACUGACAUGGCCACUGACCUCGCCAUGAGCGCCGAGCUGCCCAACAGUCCCCUGGCCAUCGAGUACGUCAAUGACUUCGACCUCAUGAAAUUCGAGGUGAAGAAGGAGCCCCCCGAGGCGGAGCGGUACUGCCACCGCCUGCCGCCUGGGUCCCUCUCCUCCACCCCACUCAGCACCCCGUGUUCAUCCGUGCCUUCUUCGCCCAGUUUCUGCGCUCCGAGCCCCGGGGCACAGAGUGUCCAGAAUCCCGGUAACAGCCUCAACAGCAACAACAACAACAACAGCAACAUCAACAACAACCAAAACUCCACAGGAAAGCCCCAACUAGAAGACCUUUAUUGGAUCCCCAACUACCAGCACCAUCUGAACCCAGAAGCCCUUAACCUAACGCCCGAGGACGCUGUGGAGGCCCUGAUAGGCAACGCGCAUCACCAUCAUCACCACCACCACCAACCAUACGAGGGCUUCCGAGCGCAGCAGUUUGCGGGGGAAGACCUCUCAGUGGCAUCUAAUGGUCACCACCAUCACCAAGUCCACCAUCACCACCACCAUCACACUCAUCACGUUCGCCUGGAGGACCGCUUCACGGACGAGCAGCUGGUCAGCAUGACCGUGCGGGAACUGAACCGGCAGCUGCGCGGCUUCAGCAAGGAGGAGGUCAUCCGUCUCAAGCAAAAGCGCCGGACCCUCAAGAACCGGGGCUACGCGCAGUCCUGCCGAUACAAGCGUGUGCAGCAGCGGCACAUGCUGGAGAGCGAGAAAUGCACCCUGCAGAGCCAGGUGGAGCAGCUGAAGCAGGAUGUAGCACGCUUGGCGAAAGAGAGGGACCUUUAUAAGGAGAAGUACGAGAAGCUAGCUAGCCGGACCUUCAGCGUAAAUAACAGGGACCCCUCCAGCGGCAACCACGGCAAGCCCCCGGCAAAUGAGUUCUUUAUGUGAGAGACUGUACAAAUGCACCGAUCUCAGUCGUUUAUUGACUUUUUUUGUUUAGACAUUAAUUUAAGGAGACUUUAUAUGUAAAACUGAACUGUGUAAAUUCAUUUUAUAUAUGCGCACAUUGCGUACGCUCCUUACACACGUGCGCAUGUAUGUUCUGUACAAGUCUGAAGAGGAUACUGAGUCAUGAACGGAAAAAAGACUUGGCAACUGAAAGGGGAUUAUCGUCCUAAUUACACGUUAAUAACAUUUAAAAGUUCUGAUGCAGUAGAUACAGCUGUUUAAAAAAAUCAGUUUUCAAAGUCUUAUGAAAAAAUAGCCAAAAGAAUAUGCGUAUAGAUUAUGACCCGAGUGGCAAAUGCUAAAUCUCUUCCAGUCUUAAUUUCUCCAUUAGAAUGAUUAUUUUAAGCCAUUAUAAUAAACUUUUCGAGUAUGAUGUUAAGGGAAAUAACGGAUGAUAAACUUUUUCUCCAUUCCGGACUAAUAGAAGGAAAAGCAAGAAAAAAACGAAAAAAAGCAAUACAUGUUCAUAGUCGUCCGAAGCAGUUUUAGAGGACUGUCAACAUGGAGCAGCGUGCACUUUGCGUGAUGUGUCUUGGACGUUGCAGAUCGACGCAAAUCUGCGCACUUUCAACAACCCUGCAUGCGGGACAUGUAUGGUUUUAAAUAUUUCAAAGCCUUUCACUUGUCCCCCAGUUCGUCUGGAUGGGAAGCAUGAACCAUGGUUCUUUUUUCUCUCUUCAGCUUUAUUAGUCUCGCCUGCUUUCUCAGAACGGUUUAGCAAUGCGAAAACAUAACGUACCAACAAGCGCGGAAUGAUGUACUGUCUUGAGGAAAUGCGACUAACUGUAAAUUACGAGACGUGCUGCGUUAUUUCAGUUGUUUCUGUUGUUUGAAAGAAAACAUGACAAACUGAGCCAGAUUUUAGGGUAAUUUAUUUCCACUUGUAAACAUAUCUAGCGUAUUGUUAGAGUGUUAUUUCAAAAACUUUUUUCUUAAUUGCUUGACUCUUCAAAACGUCUUAAUACAAUGUUUGUAUGUAACAGCAUGCAAAUACUCUGCGAUAAUCUCAUUCUAUUUAUUAUGUGCAAUUAACGAAACUUAAGCACUAUAUCCAAAAUUAUUGUCAAAUCAUGUUUUAUAUUAAACGGAUCUGUCGUUC